CUAGAUUCACAGCAGAUCUCAGCAAUUUAUCGCAUUGUCGCAUCUAACCCUAAACUGUGUCUAACUGGCUCAGCCUGCAGGGUAUUUACACUGAUCCCACAGUGCUGAGUUCUCUCAGAGGGAGUUGCUUCGCUGCUGAUGCUAGGAAGAUAAAUCCUUUAUCUCCCAUCUUGUCUUAUCGCCAUCUCUUCUCUCUCCCCUCUGCGCAACGGAGUCGACACCGGUGGCAUAUUGGACGCGCUGGAUGGCUGCUGCACUUAUCGAACCGGUGUGAAUCUUUCUUUUUUCAUCAUCCUCAUCUUCCUCUGAGACUGAAAACAAAACAACCGCAGUAAGAAUGACAGACCAGGUGACCCAAGAGUCCUACCCCGUCCCAGACCCGACUGUUGUGGAUCCCUGCCCGGCCGCGGUGCGGAACGGCCAGUGCGCCCCGGAUGGCUUCACCAACCACAAUCACCAGCAAGCCAAAACCCCCACGGAGCCUGAGUCAUUCACCGUGGGCCAGGAGAUGAAAAUCACAGACACGGUGGAAGGAGAAGGUCUCCUGGAGAGCAGCAUGCGCCUGAAGCCCCAUGAAGCACAGAGCUACAGGAAGAAGGCUCUGUGGGUGUCUUGGAUCUCCAUCGUCGUCACUCUUAUACUGGCUGUGGCAGCUUUCACUGUAUCGUUCAUGAGACACAGCGCGUCAGCCUUUGGCUUUGCCUUUGAUGCCACGCUGGACGUCAUGUCAUCAGCCAUUGUCCUGUGGCGCUAUAGCAAUGCAGCAGCUGUGCAUUCUGCACACAGAGAGUAUAUAGCAUGUGUCAUCCUCGGGAUUGUGUUUGUUCUCUCCUCCAUUUGUAUCCUUGGAAAGGCCAUCCAUGAUCUUGCUACCAAGAUGCCUCCAAAAGUGGAUGACUUCCUCUUCAGUGUGUCCAUAGUGAGUGGGCUCACAUGUGCUGUGCUGGCUGUGGCCAAGUUCAUGCUGGGAAGAGUGCUGACUAGUCGGGCACUUAUCACUGAUGGGUUUAAUUCUCUGGUUGGAGCUAUCAUGGGAUUUUCUAUUCUAAUCAGCGCUGAAGUUUUCAAGCACCACACUGACGUCUGGUUUCUGGAUGCCACCAUUGGAGUUCUAAUUGGACUUAUUAUUUUGGCAUAUGGGGUGAAGCUCCUGAAGGACAUGGUUCCCCGUGUGAGACAGACAAGGAACUACGAGCGCUUUGAAUGAGAGACCUGUGUGUUGACCAGAUGAGCAGGUUCUAACAUACUCACACACCUGCACACCUGGCUGCCUCCCGCCCCUCCUCUCUCUGUAUUUCAUACACUCUUUCAUCUACAUUUCAUUACACACUCACAGGACGUACACACUGAUGUUCCCAUACACACAGAAAUAUCUAUACAUAUAUACACGCAUCACUGUGUACAUACUGUACAUAGUACAUUCGUGUCAUGCAUACACACACAUACGUACGUCUGUGAGAUUCUGAGAAGAAAGGACAUGAUUGAAGAGAAAGAAAGCAUUUCAGAUUGUUCUAUCUCGCUUCACUUCCUUAAAAAAAAAAAAAAUUCCAGAACUGCUUUGGAUUUGUUUAAGCUGGACAUACAUCACUUUGCUGCUAAGAGGACAACAUUGAAGCCAUCACAGUUUUUUUUUUCAAACUAAUAAGAAAGAUUAUGAAAUGGUGUAGGUUUUGCUUAAGUAAAAAUAAUGCAUGUUAUCCCAAAAUUUGCUUUAGAACAUGUUUUGUUUUUGACCCAGGGUUAAAUGCAGGCUUGCCCACUAAUUAAUUUCGUUAUUUAUUUUGUAUUUCUAGUUAUCAUUAAGCACAGAGGAGAGAGAUGAAAGGAAAACUUCUCACAGGCUCAGUGUAGCUUUUCUACCUCCUAGUUAUUCUCUGAGAGACACAGAGAGAGAGAGAGGAAGUAGGAAGCAGAGAGAAACAGACUCAGGCAGAGCACGCUGAGUCAGCAAAUGCUGCAACUUCUGAAACAUGAAAAGCGUCUGCAAACUACACCUGAAGAGAACGAGAAAUAAAGAGGACUGGAAACACUAAGCACAAGCGUUUGUCAUGUAAUGGCUAAAAACACAAGAACACAAAUCUCUUAUUUGUAUUACACUGCAUACCCUACUAAAGAUCACUUUAGAAGAUUGUUUUUUCAAAGUGCAGCAAUUUAUACAGGCUAUGGUGCAGAACAUAGCAGCCAGCAUUGAUAGCAUUAAUUUAGAAAGUAUGAUAAGGAGAAGGUGCAGUGGUAGUGGGUUAUGAAGUGGUUAUAAGCCAAACCAAUAAACAGCCUGCUUGAUAUGGAAUUUGCCAUUUGGAGGUGCUUGACUUUGCAGCCUGCCUAACCUUAGAUUAUGUUCAACAUCCAAGCCCCGUGAUUAUUUUAUUAUUAUUUUUUGCUUAAAGUUUAUGUCAGAAGCAAACAGAAAUGUUUUUAAGGUCUUUAGCCUGUAACAGUCUCUAUGUCUUACUGCAAUAUAUUGUACAACAGUCACUGAAAUGCAUUCAUUAAAUUUUGGUUUAUACUUGAAACGCAUAUGGACAAUAAAAAAAAUUUACCAGGUAACAGCUAACAAUUCAUGAAUAGUGACAAUAUGGACAUCAAACCUAAGAUUCCAUUUAUUCAUAUUGUUUACUGUAUGCUUAAUGCAGAGUUUUACUGAAUGCAGGUGGGGAUUUAUUACUUUUAUUAAUGCCGCUUCGUUUUCCUUGUUUUGUCUGUAAAGUCGAUACGGGAAAGAUUAAAGCCGGUGUUGAUCUAAGCACAAUGACAAAGAUAAAGCAGCCUGUAGAAAUAUCAUGUGCAGACACAGUGUUUCUCUGUGUCACCUCUUUGUUCUGCAUGUUUCCACCAGUAUCAUUCAUUAUUCUGUGCAAUGAAUGGAAUGUAAAUACAAAAGCACAUGAUAUGUAAAUAUGUUUAUUACACUGUUUGGGUGCAUCAGUAUCAAACGGUCGCACAUAGUCAUAGUCCUGUAUGGCUGACAUGAGAGUAGACAGUAUAUAGCUAAAGUACAGACUGAUCAAUGUUGCAUAUAAUUAAAAAUGUUUACUCUGUAGUGUGCAUAUUACUGUAAAUGUUGUUUUACAUAUUACUGUAGAUUAUUGUUGAAAUGAAAUGACAUGUCUUACUGUAAGUUUUUGCACUGUAAGUGAAAAUAUCUGAUUGGAUGUAGGUGUAUUCCAGCAAUGCUGUCCAAGGCUUAGUUAUGUUUCACCCUUAAAAAAAAAAAAAAAAAAAAAAAAAAGGAAUUGAUUGCCAAAGUUUAUUUUACAUGCUGAAAAACGAGCUCCUGGCACAAAUACUGUAGGUAUUACAGUAUUAUAAUACUGUAAUACUGCAUCUAUUAUAAGCUCUUAGAUGACCAAGCAUAUAAACACUGAGGUCAUAAAAGCAAUGAACAGGCUAAAAUUUAGUAUUCAGUUCAAAAUUAUCUAAUGUGAAUUAAAGUGUACAAGUCAUGUUUGUAACUUGGCUUAGUUUUAUGAAUGUGGAUCCAUGAUGCAUGUGAGCCCUCUUGUGGUUGGCACCAUCAUGACAACAGUUUUAAUUAAUAUUCAGCUGUCUGGAUCAGAGUCUAAAUUUAUCCCCGGCUGAAAGCCUUGGGCACUGACUGUGAAGAGACCUACAUCCACUCUACACUGUAAUUAUCAACUCUCAGUUGGCAUACUGGACAUAGUGCAGAAUUACUGGUAUCUUUAGUUUCAUUGUGUGAAGAAUACAGAUAAGAUGUAAACUGAAGGUGUGAUUCAGCUCGCACCAUUUCUACUCACCAACAGCACACUGAUUUGUAAUGUUACCCCCUCUUUAAUGCAUAGAAGACAAUCUUUACAAUGGCUUUUACUAGCAAAGCACAGUGUUUACAUGCUGAAGCCACAGUGUAAGGCACAAAACAAACUCAUUACGCUUUGCAGUAGCUCUGUUACUCAUAUACAGUAAACUGCUGUGUUGGAUAGAAUGGAGACUGCUUUGAUGUUGGCAGCAAAAUUGUUUCUACCUCUCUUCUUUGCACUUUCUUUUAUUUUCAUGCCACUUCUCCUGUCUGCAUUUUAGCCCCCAAAUAUUUAGUCCAGGUGCUAUAAUUAUGCUCCUGGUUACCCUAAUAUUCCUUAGCAAUGAAUGGUCUCUGAAGGUGUUGCUGCCAGUUAUGGGGAAAGUGCAACAACUGAAUGCCAAAUAUGUCAAAUCUAACUGAUUAUCGUUGCAGUUCCACUUAAUUAAUCUAUUUUUUUUUUCACUUCUGCUCUGUUUCUAUUAAAUAAACCCCUCAACAUGUAGUUCUUGUUAUGUUAUAUUAUGUUAUGUUGCCCAAACUUCUCAUAAUUGUCAAAUGGUAUAACACCUAAAAAUCAUUUGCCAAUGCUGUAUCCUAGUUAACUGUGCCAAAUCAUUGAGACCAUUUGUUAGCUCUGAUGAAAUGUACGUAUCAUUCUGGUGUGCUUGUAAUGAUGAACGGACUUCCCAUUAACUGCCAAAAGGCAUCAAACCAUUCAUGCUACAGAAUUUCAUGAGAUUAUGAUAGCAAUACUAACCACUCCUCUGUUGCGAUAGGCUUUGCAUGGGCUUGUAAAAAUCCCUACAGUUUCAGUGGUUACAAAUACAUUGAACACACACACACACACACACACACACACACAUACACACACACAAACACACACACACACACACAACCAAAUUUACAAUAAAUCCAGACUAUGUGACAUAAUUAUUGUUUGUACAAUAUCGACAUCAGUGGUAUUACAGAUGAUGUAAGCACCAUUUAUUUAUGUAAACGAAACGAUGAAAUAUCUCUUUGUCAAAGAGAACUGUUUUAUUGAUCAAUAAAGUUUUAUCCUGCUAAUCA